GCAAUUUUCUUUUCAGUAAUUAUUAUUAUUCUGGUUUAUAAAAUUUUCAUUAGGUCAAUUGUCAAUCUUUGGGUUGAUUGAUACCGGAAGCAAUCUUCCAUUAUUUUUUUUACAAAAAAUAGGUGGUGGCCAACAUGGCCUCUGGUGAGAAGAUAACGCUUACUGAUGCAUUGCAGAAUGUUGAUGUUCUGGAUGAGUUACCUCUCCCUGAUCAACAACCAUGUAUCGAAGCUUUAUCACUUUCUAUACACUACCAGACCAACUUUGACACAAAUUUUGAAGACAGAGCAGCCUAUGUUACUGGUGUUGCCAGAUACAUUGAGGAGGCCACAGUCCAUGCUGAUCUUAAUAAGUUGUUGGAAGAAGGACAAGAAUAUGCUGUUAUGAUGUAUACAUGGAGAUGCUGCUCCAGGGCCUUACCUCAGGUAAAGAGCAAUGAGCAAGAGAAUAGAGUAGAGAUAUAUCACAAGAUAGUCGAGGUACUGGAUCCUGGCGUAUCUAAACUCAGGAACUUUAUGUACUUCCAGGAAAGGGCCGUGUCUGCUAUCGGAGCUCAUGUUAAAAGUAUGAGUCAUAAACAUAAAAAAUCAGACUUCCGGUCAACGGCUCAGCGUCUAAUGUUGGCUAAAUGUCUGAAUAUGAUGUUUGAGCUGAAUGAAUUGCUCAACAGUAGGUCUUCUAUAAAGAAUGACUAUUCAUCUUAUAACAGAGCUGCACAGUUUUUGAAGGUAAUGGCCGACCCUGCCACUUUAGAGGAAUCACAGAACCUUUCAAUGUUCCUUGCCACUCAAAACAAGAUACGAGACACAUUAAAGAAUACCCUGCAGACUAUACAGGGAUAUGAGGACUUAUUUGCUGACAUCAUCAGUAUAUGUGUACACAUGUAUGAAAAUAAAAUGUACCUGGAACCAAAUGAAAAAUACAUGUUAGUUAAGGUGAUGGCAUUUGGUUUAUUUAUGAUGGACAAUGCUGACAACAGUAUUUAUAAGAUGGACCAGAAAAAGAAACUCAGCCUCUCUAAGAUAGACAAAAUUCUCAAGCAAUUAGAAAUUGUUCCCCUUUAUGGAGAUAUGCAAGUUGCACCCUUCCAGUACAUCAAAAACAGUACAAACUUUGAUCCGUCAAAGUGGCCAAACUGUGAGUCAGGUCAUGUGAGCCCACAGUCUAACAUCCUAGCUAACCUUGAACCAAUCAGAGAAGAUCAUAUGUCAUAUAUUAGUCAACUCUCAAGACAUAGUAACGAGGCAAUAACAACAACAAGAGAGAGUCCAAGAACAGAUGCAGAAAAUAAAGAUCUGUAUGAACUUGCUCUCCGGGGUUUACAACUGCUUUCUGCAUGGACUCAACAAGUCAUGGAACUGUAUUCCUGGAAGUUGUUGAAUCCUACAGAUCCGCAUCAGAACAAGAAUUGUCCUGUAGAGUCAGAGGAGUAUGAAAGGUCAACACGUUAUAACUACAGCAGUGAGGAGAAGUUUGCUCUAAUAGAGGUGAUAGCAAUGAUAAAAGGGUUACAGUUGCUUAUGUUACGUAUGGAGUCAGUGUUCAUGGACGCUAUACGGCGCCAUAUUUAUGCAGAGCUACAGGACUUUGUACAGCUUGUUCUCAGAGAUCCAGUCAGGAAGGCAAUAAAGAAGAAGAAUGAUGUCAUUAAAGUAAUUGUGAUGUCUGUACGUAACACAUGUGUAGAUUGGCUGAGAGGAGUUGAACCUCAUGAAGACCCUGCUAUGAAGGGAAAGAAAGACCCGGAUGAAGGGUUCUUUAUUAAAGUUCCAAGACGCAAUGUAGGGCCAUCAACUACCCAGUUGUACAUGGUACGCACCAUGUUAGAAUCUCUCAUUGCUGAGAAAAAUACAGGAGGAAAGAAAACUUUGAGAAAGGACAUUGACUACCAACAUUUUCUCGCCAUUGAUAAUUUCCACAAAAAUUCCUUUUUUUGGUCCUAUGUUCUGAACUUUAAUGAAUCUCUACACAACAGUUGUAACUUGUCACAACUCUGGUACCGGGAAUUCUUCCUUGAGAUGACCAUGGGACGUAGAAUACAGUUCCCAAUAGAAAUGUCUAUGCCGUGGAUACUGACUGACCACAUCCUAGAAACCAAAGAACCAUCUAUGAUGGAAUACAUCUUGUACCCAUUAGAUCUGUACAAUGACAGUGCCCAUAAUGCACUCAUACUGUUCCAUCAACAAUUUCUCUAUGAUGAAAUUGAAGCUGAGGUAAAUCUGUGCUUUGACCAGUUUGUGUAUAAACUUAGUGACCAGAUCUUUGCCCACUAUAAGCAUCUGGCUGCAAGUAUGAUGUUAGACAAGAGGUUUCGUGCUGAAUGUGCUAAUGCUGGUAUAACUAUAAGUUAUCCAGUUGCUAAUCGCUAUGAGACUUUAUUAAAACAGCGCCAUGUACAACUACUGGGACGUUCUAUUGAUCUCAACAGACUGAUUGGUCAGAGAAUUAAUGCUGCAUUACAAAAGUCACUGGAGGUGGCUAUUUCAAGAUUUGAGGGUGGAGAUAUUACAGGAAUUAUGGAAUUAGAAGGUCUGAUAGAUUGUAACAAGCUGACACACAAACUGUUGAAGAAGUUUCUGACAUUGAACAAGUUUGAUGCUAUGUUACGUGAGGCUAAUCAUAAUGUGUCAGCACCAUAUGGAAGAACCACCUUACAUGUGUUCUGGGAACUCAACUAUGAUUUCCUGCCAAACUUCUGCUACAAUGCUGCCACUAAUAGGUUUGUAAAGACAAAGUUGGUAUUGAGUGAACCAAGUGCUCGUGAUAAACCCCCAAAUCCUUCCCAUCCUUAUAUCUGGGGAACAAAGUCAUUGACCACCUCGUUCAGCGCUAUCUAUAGCCAGUAUGCAGGUUUUGUUGGGCCUCCACAUUUCCGCGUGAUCUGUCGGUUGCUAGGAUACCAGGGUAUUGCUGUAGUCGUGGAAGAACUUCUCAAGAUUGUAUCAGAUCAGUUGAAGGGACCAUUGAUGAAGUACACAAAAACUUUGAUGACAAUCAUGCCACAGAAUUGUCGUCUGCUGAGAUAUGAUUAUGGGUCACCAGGUGUAAUGGGUUACUACCAGGCCCAGCUAUCUGAGUUAAUACAGUACCCAGACAUGAGGACAGAGGUAUUCCAAAUCUUCCGGGAAGUAGGCAAUGCCAUUUUGUUUUGUCUCCUCAUCGAACAGGCAUUGACACAGGAAGAAGUGUGUGAUUUAAAACAUGCAGCACCUUUCCAAAACAUCAUACCUAAACCAUUUAUACCUGUCAAAGAGGGUGAGAGCAGAAAAGAAAAAGAACAAGAAUUGAAGGCUAUGAUGAAAAGACUGGAAGCUAAAUACCAAGCCUUACAAGUUGUACCUGUUAUAGGAAAGUUUGGUAAUCAGAAGCAAUCUGACAUAGCUCAGGAAGGUGAUCUGUUGACAAGGGAAAGACUUUGUUGUGGGUUGUCUAUGUUUGAAAUCAUCUUGAAGCGUAUUCAGUCAUUCCUAGAUGAUCCAGUCUGGCAUGGUCCGGCCCCUGCUAAUGGUGUAAUGAAUGUAGAUGAGUGUACGGAGUUCCACAGACUAUGGAGUGCUAUACAGUUUGUGUUCUGUGUACCUGUAGGAGAACAUGAGUACACUGUUGAAGAGUUAUUUGGUGAGGGUUUGAACUGGGCUGGCUGUGCUAUCAUUGUGUUACUAGGACAACAGAGAAGGUUUGAGGCCUUGGAUUUCUGCUACCAUGUCCUGAAAGUAAACAGGGUGGACAUGAAGGAUGAGAAUGUGAAGGGCAUUCAACUGAAGAAGAUGGUUGACAGGAUAAGAAAGUUUCAGAUUUUGAACAACCAGGUAUUUGCUGUACUGAACAAGUACCUGAGGUCAGAGGACCGAGAUGGUCUACCUGUAGAACAUGUACGCUGUUUCCAGCCUCCCAUACAUCAUUCACUUGCCACAACUAUAUAGAUUGUAUAUCUACGUUGGUAUACAAGCUUCCUUAUAUUGACUGUACUAGUCCAUUGACAGAGAUUGUAGCUAGAAAUGUUGAAAUGUUUGAUGUAUAGGGCAGAGAAACCAUCAUUGAAGGAAAAUAGAACAGGCACAUUAGAUUUUUAUAUGUAUGUCGGCACUUAAUUACAUACAUGUAAUUUAAUCAUUUACAAUGUAUAGAUCAAAUGUUUUGGAAGGAUAGUGCUUGCUGCUUAUUAAGAUCAUUAUCUAAUUACUGGUGCAGUAAUUGAAAACUGAUGAGCUUGAAAUUGUAUACUUUCAUGCAAAUAUUAUUAAAGAUUGAUUUGUUAAGAGAAAUUCUCACUUUUAAUUGGGUAUGUUAUGGAAGGUAUAAGACCUUGCUGUCAAAAAUUCUGCUGAAUCAUGUAAUAAAAGCUUGUUUAAGAAUCAUGUAAUAAAAGCUUGUUUAUGAAACAUGUAAUAAAACUUGUUUAUUUGUGAGAUAGAUUUAGAUUUGUGGUGUUUAUCAUGUGUUGUAUAUAAAAAGCUUUAUAAAAAUAUGAAUUAAAGUUAAUGUGAAAUGAUUAGAUAAAAAAAUAAAUUUUAGAGCAUUACAAAAAACUGUCAAUCACUAGUAUUUGUUACUGAAUAAGAUGUUUUAAUUAAUGAUGAAUAACCAGUUGAAUGGAAGUAAGUAACUCUAGUUUAUAUAUUUAAACAGGAACUAUGUAUGUCUGAUUAUUGAUUAUUGGUAUAUAUUAUGAUCACUUUGUAAAGUUGAUAUGGAAUAAAACAACAUAGAUGUACAAACUUACAUACCAUACAUUUAGCAGUGUAUAAAGUGUAUAGUCAGGAUACAGAACCAAUAAAACCUUUAACCUUGUAAUUUUAUAUGAUAGACUUGCCAUGAUCAUGGAUUUGUCCAUGGUGUAAUUAGGGGAUUAGAAUGUUAGAAAACAGAAAAUAAUACUUGAAUAGUAUAGUGUCUUGUCUGAUUGCUGGGGCCAUCACUAAAAAAUUUGGUUUGCAAUUGCGCGACCCACCUUUUUUAACAGUGAGUCGGUAGGCCAGGAUUUUUUUAAUUUUCUUAUAUUUUAGUGUUGAUUCAAACAAGCAUAUUAUAUUUUGAUAAAAAAAAAUAUGCAUGCUUGGUGAGUCAAAAAAAAUUUUUGAGUCCGGCCAGUUUCCUUGAAUCGGUCGCGCAACUGCAAACCAACAAUUCUUUGUUACUACCUAAAAUAUUUAGGCAUGUCUGGUUCUGUACAGGUGACUUACGUCGUAUCUUAAAUACUGCUGGUAGUAUAAAGGGCUAACUACAAGAUACUUCUUCAGAAUGUGUGGUAUAAUACUUACUAUACACUGUAAAUAAAUACAAUUUAAGACUUUCUUAUCAGCUGGCUGACAGUGGCAUGGCAGUACAUGUCUUGCUGACAGUGGCAUGGCAGUACAUGUGUUGCCGAGAUAAAAUUUGUCCAGUAAUGGCAUUUGCUGGUGUAAUUCACUUUUUUGUAGAUAUAAUUUCAAAAGUGAUCUGUAUUUUGUAUCAAUUUUUAGCUCACCUGUCACAAAGUGACAGGGUGAGCUUUUGUGAUCGCUUUUCGUCUGGCGUCCGGCGUCCGUCCGUCGUCCGUCGUCCGUAAACUUUUACUUUAAAUGACAUCUCCUCAUAAACCACAAGGCCAAUUUCAUCCAAACUUCACAGGAAUGUUCCUUUGGUGGUCACCUUUAAAAAUUGUUCAAAGAAUUUAAUUCCAUGCAGAACUCUGGUUGCCAUGGCAACCGAAAGAAAAAACUUUAAAUAUCUUCUUUUAAAAAACCAUAAGAGCUAGAGCUUAGAUAUUUGGCAUGAAACAUCUUCUAGUGAGUGUCUACCAAGUUUGUUCAAAUAAAAGCCCUGGGGUCAAAAUUGGCCCCGCCUGGGGGGGUCAUUGAUUUUCCCUAUAUGCAUAUAGUGAAAACUUAAAAAAUCUUCUUUUAAAGAACUCAAAGAGCUAUGGCUAAGAUAUUGAGCAUCAAACAUGUUCUAAUAGGUGUCUAUCAAGUUUGUUCAAAGAAAAGCCCUGGGGUCAAAAUUGGCCCGCCCCAGGGGGUCAUUGAUUUUCCCUAUAUGCAUAUAGUAAAAACUUAAAAAAUCUUCUUUUAAAGAACCAAAAGAGUUAGAGCUAAGAUAUUUAGCAUGAAACAUGUUCUAAUAAGUGUCUACCAAGUUUGUUCAAAUAAAAGCCCUGGGGUCAAAAUUGACCCCGCCCGGGGGGGGGUCAUUGAUUUUUCCCUAUAUAUGCAUAUAGUAAAAACUUAAAAAUCUUCUUUUAAAGAAAUCAAAGAGCUAUGGUUAAGAUAUUUAGCAUCAAAACAUGUUCUAAUAGGUGUCUACCAAGUUUGUUCAAAUAAAAGCCCUGGGGUCAAAAUUGGCCCCGCCCCGGGGGUCAUUGAUUUUCCUUAUAUGUGUAUAGCAAAAACUUAAAAAAUCUUUUUUGAAAAAAACCCAAAUAGCUAGAGUUAAGAUAUUAAGCAUGAAACAUCUUUUAGUGAGUGUCUACAAAGUUUGUUCAAAUAAAAGACCUGGGGUCAAAAUUGGCCCUGCCCCGGGGUCAUUGAUUUUCCUUAUAUGUGUAUAGCAAAAACUUAAAAUCUUCUUUGAAAAAACCCAAAUAGCUAGAGUUUAGAUAUUAAGCAUGAAACAUAUUCUAGUAAGUGUCUACAAAGUUUGUUCAAAUAAAAA